AUGGACUUGUCCUGGGGAGAGCCUGUGCGCUACGCCAUUGCGUGGCCCAGGUCCAAGGAGCUGCAAGACAUGAAGCCGCCGUUCUUGGUGCUGGAUGGGCUGGUGUCAGCCUGGAAUCUGGGACAAGCCGUCCGGAGUGCCGUGAUGCUGGGCGUGAAGUCCGUCGUCCUGUCACGAUCGAGCUUUAACUGCCUAAACGGUCGAGCGUGCCAUGCUUCCUGUGGCUGGCUCUACCAUGCCGAGUACCACUUGGCAGAGCCGUUGACAGAUGCUUUGGAAAGCCUCCGGGAUCUGGGAAUCUGUAUCUAUGCAGCUGAGGAAGACCAUCCUCAAAAAGUUGGGCCACACUACCCGCAUGGCGAUGCGUGUUGGGCGCUGGUGGUGGGAAAUGAAGAGAAAGGCAUCUCCCCCGACAUCCUCGCUCGUUGCAGCUCAAAGCUGCGAGUGCCACAGGUUCGCGGAGCCUCGCUCAAUGUGGGACACGCUUCUGCGAUUUGUCUCUACGAGCUUGGCCGUCACCUUCCACGCAAAGCAGAGACCCUCCGCGGAGAUCCGGAAAAGUUUGUGUCGAGAGGGCCGAGCACAGUGAUCCCGGUCGCCGAGAGCAUGUUUGCGGAGUUCGCCUCAGUGCUUCCCCUUCCGGCAGCUGUGGCCUGCGGCAUAGUUCUCCUGUCUGUCCACGCCGCCUUGACGGACUGGGACUUGGAGGGCUUGUCGACAACCUGGCCGGACUGGAUUGAGAAAUGGGCGCAGAAGUUGCAGAAGCCGGAAUUGGACGAGCAGCGCAUGGAAGAUGCCCUGCAGAAAAUGAUGAUGGACAACUACAGGCGAGCUAUACGAUAUCUGGCACACUUCUUGGUCGUGGUAGAACUGUAUCUCAUAUACCUCAUGCAGCAGCAGACGAACUUUGUUUUUGCAGUCCAAUGUGUGGCGGUCUUGGUGCAUCAUCUUGGCUGCUGGUGGGUGGCGAGAUCGCGCCUGACCUUGGCAACGCUUCGACUGCUGGUGAUGCUGUCGCACGCAGGUCAUACCUUCCUCGUCGUCAUCACACACUCUUCUGAGGAAGCGGACUACAACUUCCUCUCUGUUUUCUCGGCGGUCUUGCGCGUCUCCGGGGCUGCUGUCAUUCACGACCCGCCUGUUUUAAUCCCGUGUCAGGUUGUCAUCCUUGCCUCGGUGUGUGGAGUCGCAGUUAUGGUCCAGGCGUGGGCGCGAACUUGCAUCAAGGCUUCAUUCCAGUCGGCCGACGCAAACCUGUCUUUGGAAGGCUUCCAGCGGGUCUUGCGAGGCGUUUGCGAUGCGGACGUGCUGCUGGAUGAUAGUUUCCUCAUCGUGGGGGAUAACACUCGCUUGAGACGCGUCCUAGGGACGCCCACCGAUCUUCAAGGCGUGAAGUUUACAGACCUUCUCGACCAGGAAGGGAAAACGCAGUUCGAGAAAAUCGUCCGCGAGUCUUGCAGCGCAAGCCGUCGUCCCGAAGCGAGGGAGGAGCAUGAGAAAAGUUGCAGCAUUCCGCGAUGCCUGCGCGUCUCACUGCCAAGCGCGUAUUCGCGGGUAGGUGUGGACAUUUUCCACGUUCUUGUGCCCCGCUUUUUGGAUGCUGCAGGACCCCUUCACCUUCUAGCGUUUACGGAAGAUCCAGAUACGAGGCUGCAGCCGGAAGCAACUCUUGGAGCCAUUCCAGAAGCGCUCUCCAUUUACUCCGAAGAUGACAACGAUUGCAUGUCCACAUUUGCAGAGUCGGAGGCCGCCUGCUCCAAGCACAGUCUGAGCAGUUCGAUGCUGUGCAGGGUACAUCCCGUUCCCGAACUGCGCGAACUUACAAUGCUCGUGGAUGCCAGUACGGACCAGCAGGACGUGCUGCAAGUGCACGCCAAGUUCAAGCGAGACAAGCACCUGCCGAAUGACAUCCACUCGUGCAUGCCAUGCUUGCAGACCAUGCUCAGACACUCGGAUUGGCUCAGCAUCCGUAUGCGCGUGGCGAAGUUUGCGCACGAACAGUGCCAGGUUGGUUCUCCAGACAUACAUGAGCUACCGUCCGUGAUGCUCCGGAGGCUGGAUGACCAAAAUAAGUUCCUGGCGGCCAACACGGUCAACCUCGCCCCGUGUCGUGGCCAGGAGUCAUCGAAGAAGUCUUCCUUGGUUUGGGUCUACGUCCGAGAUUUCGUGAAUGACGAGGCCAAAUUUCGAAUGCAGCCGAGUAAUGUACUACGCUGA